CUCAGCUUUAAGGUUAGUUCCCGUGGCUUGUAUCUCUUUUUUCUCCAUAUUUCCCAUUUCCUUCAUUCUUUCCCAUAGCUUUUUCUUCUAGAUCAGAAUCAACCCACUUAUAAGUGGAUUAUUUUCUGGAUUUGGGAUUCUUUUUUUUUUCUUUUUCUUUUUUAUAUAGUGGUCUUUAGAAAGUAGGAAUUGUUUGGCUAGAAUCCACUGAACUAUAAAGGGUUUUAGGAGCCAGAAAAAGUUGAAGCUUAUAUAUAGAAAACGAAGAUUUCUGAAUCAGAAAUUUGUUAAGAAUCGAAUACUUCUGAAAUGGAGAACAAUCUCGGAGUUGUCAAAGACGCUGAUCAAUUGGAUAUGCCAGCUGGAUUUCGAUUUCAUCCUACAGACGAAGAAUUAAUUACUCAUUAUUUAUCGAACAAAGCUGUUGAUAGUAAUUUCUCUGCUAUAGCUAUUGGAGAGGUGGAUAUGAACAAAAUUGAGCCAUGGGAAUUGCCAUGGAAAGCGAAAAUCGGAGAAAAAGAAUGGUACUUUUUCUGUAUGAGGGACAAGAAAUAUCCGACUGGUUUGAGGACAAACCGAGCUACUUCUGCAGGAUACUGGAAAGCCACGGGAAAGGAUAGAGAAAUUUUCCGAGGAAAAACUCUAGUUGGGAUGAAGAAAACAUUGGUUUUUUACAAGGGAAGAGCCCCCAAAGGUGAAAAAUCAAAUUGGGUUGCCCAUGAAUACAGAUUGGAAGGAAAAUACUCUGUUCAUAACCUGCCAAAAUCAACUAAGAAUGAUUGGGUUAUUUGUAGGGUAUUUCACAAGACAACCGGUGGAAAUAAAGUACACAUUUCUGGCCUAAUGAGAACGAAUUCUGUUGAAAACGAGUUUUCGCCCUCAACAUUGCCACCACUAAUGGAUUCUUCGACGUAUAAUUGUACAAUGAAUCCCGAAGAAGUAAAAUCCAGUCACGUGCACUGCUUCUCCAAUUCGAGACAAGAAGAACAGCUGAAUUCUUUCCGCAACUCCAUUUUCCAUUCGACUUCAAAUCCCCUCGAAACUUUUCCUCCUACUUCACUUCCUAACGAAUUUCUGUGGAAACAAUUUUCUCCAAUCCAAUUCGCAGAUUCAUUUCCAUUGCAAGAUUCCUCAUUUCUUCGAACAGUUCUGGGAAAUUCUGGUCCAAACAUGAAUCAAAUCUUCUCAAAAGACAAGGAAAUGGUGCCUAUCUCCGAAGCAACUGCUUUAAGCACUGAUGCGAACACUGAAAACUCCUCUAUAGGACCUGAGUACCUGAAUCCCUUUUGGAGUUAG